AUGGAAGCGCCACAUAUUGAAGCCGCACUAGUGGAACAUGGUGAUGGUGAAGAUGCUAAUGAUAAGGAAGAGGAAGAGGAACAGGGAGAAGAGGAGUGUUGGGAGGAUUCUGAAGAAGAUGAUGAUGACGACGACGCUGGUGAUGAUGCUGUCAAGCUUCAUGAUCCUUUCUAUGGCAUGGCGAUGGACUUCGAAGAGCCACAGGGGCCUAGUGACGACUCGUUUUCUCAAUACGAGUUUGGCUCUGGCACUGAGCGCUCUUCCUCUUCCUCUUCAAGCUGUGAUGAUUUCAAUCGCUCUCCUUGA